AUGAUUUUGUACUGCGUAUAUCGAGGACAAAAGGUCUACUUCCUCCCCAAGGGACGACGCGACGCCGGCGAAGAAAGCGGUACGGGUGCUGAACGAGAAGGAUACGAAGAGUCCGGUUACCGCAACCGCCUUCUGCCUCUACCCACUAUCCACCGCCAACCGCAAGCUCACCCACGCAUCCAUGCUUCACCACAGACCGCGGAGCCAGUUUACAUGCAACUUCUUCCUCUCGGCGUCCGGCAAUACAUAAUCUACUGGUACAUCGCCGAGACACUUCCUCCUAGCCUCGAAACUCUGCUUGAGACGGAAGCAGGCGCGGCAUAUAAACCGCCACCAGCGUAUCCGCAGACCCUCUCUUUACGGGAAAGGGUAAAGCAAGAGCCUGAGGGGUAUGAGCCGAGACACCAUGAGAAUACAGGGGUGGAUGAGCUGGAAGUCACGUAUGAAAGUGAGUUAGUGAGUGUGGAGGAAGCGGUGGAAAGGUUGGGGAGGGAAGGUAGUAUGGGUAGGAUCAUGGCGGAUGUGGUUAAGAAAGGGUGGGAGGGGAUUCAAAGGAGGUUUGGGAUGGAAAAUGCUGCUACACACGAGAGUCCCGAGGCAGUUUAA